AUGCCGACUGUAAACUUGCUGGAAUACCUUAACUCGCGAACCCAGGUGGAUAUUGACACAUACAGUGCUGAAGCUUCCAAAGAAAUUGGACACUUCCAAGAUGCAACGGGAAAUCAACUUGAGAUGCAAGCGGAGAUUGUCAAGCCCAGCAGAAGCGCCGUGCUGAAAAGAUCACUAGCGUUGGCAACCACGAUCCAUCCACAAUUUGCCAAUCUCAGCUUCGAGGAGCUUGCUGUUGAGGUGGUGGGAAUUGGACUAGCCCUCGAAGUGAUCCAAAAUGUUUAUGGGAAUGUCCAUGUUAUGAUCAAUCCAAGCUAUGCCUACAAUACUGAGGCAAUAGUUGAAAAUGCCCAACGUAAAAGGUACCCCUCAAGACCUACACCAAGAAGAGAUGUUAAUUUACGUACCCCAGGAUUGCAUCUUAUCUGCCAAAUCGUUGACCCCGACUUUGACACAUCUCGCCUGGUCACCAAGAUACCAACGACAUGGGAGGGAAUGCAAGCUGCACGCCAGCUCAAACAAAGCGGAAUAAAGACUUUGGCCACGACUCUCUUCUCAAUGGAACAGGCGAUCCUUGCGGGCGAAGCCGGCUGUAUAUCGAUUUCACCGUUUGUACAUGAGCUCAAAACCGAGACUUACAAGGGAUACAAGGACAGCAACCCAAUACUUGGUGUCUGUGUGCAAGCACAACAGUUCUAUCGUCAGAACUCUAUGCCCACACGUGUAAAAGCCUGUGUGACACUAAGCAUCGAUGAGCUGAUUAUGCUCGCCGGGGUCGACGCACUGACUAUAGCACCAGCGAUUCUGAAAGAACUCGCAGCUAUAGAGAGACCGCAAGAGGAGUUGGAGAGUAUGUCCUUGUUUGCGAAAACCGCCAAAGCCACCGAGCCUGCCAGCUACCCCUCGUAUAUCGAUUCCGAGAGUCAAUACCGGGUUCAGUUCGCUGCAAGUGAGGGUGGAAAGGCGCAGUUUAAGACAGCACAGGCAAUUGCUCUGUUUUGUGAUGCUCAAACCGCGGUGGAGUUGUACGUCAAGUCUCAAUUGGAGGUCUCUUCUUACACUCCGAUCACUUUAUAA